GUCCAAAGGAUAUAUCCACAGACAUGUUUGCCCAUCUUUGUAGGCGCUUUGGGAGAGUUGAUGUUGAUAGAGAAGAGUCUAGAGUGAAGCAAACGAAACCUAAACGUAAUGAUGGACACAGGACAUGGGGAAUGUGGAAGGCCUGCAGACAGACGUCAUCCCCUGAAAAUGUCCUAAACAAGGUGCAGGCCAACGAGGAAGAGGAGAGGCUGAAUAGAGAACUGGAGCUAACUACCAAGGAGAGAAAUGAGCUGACAGAUCGCCUCCUUUAUGUGACAGGUGGAUCCAUGAACAAAAGCCCCUACUUCAGGCCAAAUCCAUUUAAUGAAAACUUGAAGAUAAAGGAGAAAGAGGUCAUGUCAUUACUGCACAACUUAGACAAAAAGAACAUUGAACAUCGUGAGAAAUUUCAGGAGCUCAAGAAGGAGAUUAACUUCUAUCGCAACCUGCACAGCCGUCUCCUGAUGGACCAGGCAUGUAUGAAGAAGAAGUUGGUCACAUUGAAGCAGGAGAGCAAGGAGUUACAGCGAUAUUUGUUUGAGUUGAACCCGAAGGAUGAAGAUGAACAGGAGAAGACCAGCAACCUCCAGACCCAGCAAAAUUUGGUAGGAACAAGCAGCUGAGUCAGAUUAUCAAUGUCUGAUACCAUUUGCCUAUUGGAUACAUCUUUGCUUCCCCUAUCAUCUUUCUAAUCUCCCCACACCCAAUCAGUCAUCCACUUCAUGUGAUAGAGUUAUUCAUUGCUCUGUCUGUGCACAAGUAUUCUGGGAAAUUAACCACUCUUCAGAAACUGAAUUAUUGGCAAUUAUACUUCUCUCCCCUUUUUGAAACUGCAGUCCAGAAAUGGUGACAGAGGAAUAACAUAUCACAUGACUGCAUCUCCUUAUCACAGAUUGGAUGCUAUGAAGAGUUUUGAAUGAGUUCUUGGUCGUGUGACAAAGGUCAUACAGUGGUCAUGUGAUGGUUGGAAGCACCUUGUAGGGAUAAGAACCAAGUGCAAAUGGCAAAUGAGUCCUGGUCAUUGGCUUUGAUCUGGGUAUCAUGUGGCCUUCUCCUUUCUUCCUGCACCCCAAUUAGGUCUCCCCCCAUUUCCCCAUUCUUGGU